AAACUAAAUUAAUACCUAGUAAACCAGUUGAUACAAUUAUUCAGUCCCUCUUGGAUUAAGACAGAAGUUAGUCGACAUGAUUUUGAUAUUUUGGGAUAUUUAAUUCAACCAACAAAUUUGGAGUAGCUUAAGAGAGAAAAGCGAUGAACCCUAGCGAAAGAAACAAAGGCGACGUUGAAUCCUAACCAAGAUCGCCGGCAUCAUCGUAGCAGAAGGGCUCCGUGAUGAGGACUUUGGAUUUCGCAGGCUUUGCUCGAGGCAUAGCAGGGAGAUUAGUUUCGAUCGCAGGCUGCUACUCGUGAGCAAUUGAAGACUGUCAUGGUUUCCUUUCCGGUAUAUCUAGCGUUUUUGUUCCCCUCUCUUGUAGGGUGUUUCUGUCACCACCGCUUGAAAUUCUAUUAGAUCUUGUGAGCGGGAUACUUCCUUUGGAGGUGGCUGAUAUUGUUAUAUUUUUAUUAUGUAUAGUUACAUUUUUAAUUAGUUUUAUUGUUUGUUGUUGUAGAAAUUACACACUUUUGGUGUAGUUACUUUAUUUUUCUAGAUAGUUGUAAUUUUUUUUAGAUUAUGAUUAUUCUGAGCUUAAAACAGGUCAAGAUCAUCAAAAGAACCAAGAUUGGACCCUAAAAGAUUAAGGAAAGUGCAAAUGGACAAGACAAAGAGAAGAUUGAAAAAUAGUUUAUAUAUCCGUUCGGAUAUAGGCAAUUUUCGAUCGGGUAUUGAGUUGAUUCGGGUGUCAAAAUCAGAAUCUGGAGAGACAAAAAACGUGCAGAAUUUUGAAGAUUUGGCUCAUACACUAGUGGAAAAACGUUAAACUGCGGCGCUUCUUUUGCGGCGCUUAAAUUAUAAGCGCCUUCAAAAACUCAACGUGCGGCGCUUAUAUGUUAAAGCGCCGUCCCUCCGUUCACCUUUUCUAUUAUAUAUUUUUUUUUAAUUACGUGCGGCGCUUAUUUAAAUGUAAGCGCCGCAAACGAUUUUCGUUUUCAAUUAAAUUUAACCAAAGCGGGACACGCGUGCGGCGCCUAUUAUUAUAAAAGCGCCGCAAAUAUAUUAAAUAUUUUUUAAAUUAAGCUCGCGGCACAUCUUUAAAGAAAGCGCCGCAUAGAGUAUAAAAUUUCAAUUAAUCGGAAUAAAAUUUGGACCACUUGCGUGCGGCGCAUAUGGAAUCUACGCGCCGCGUAGAGUUUUUAAUAUUUUUUUAAUAAACAUUGCGGCGCCUCUUUCUUAUCAGCGCCGCGUAGGAUUAAAAAAAAUUACCCUAGCCCACCACAAAAAAUUUCCCUUACGCUGCAAAGAAGCUCAAGAAUCCGCCGACAAACAACUCCUCCCGUUUGACAGUCCAGAUCCGCCGGACAAUCCCGCUUGGCCGCUGAUAGCGUCCGUCUCCGCCAGCCACGCCGUCCUUAUCAGCCGCGACGUCUUCCUCAGUGCAUCCAUAUUCAGCCACGCCGUCCGUCUCCGCCAGCCACGCCGUCCGUCUCCGCCAGCCACGCCGUCCGUCUCCGCCAGCCACGCCGUCCGUCUCCGCCAGCCACGCCGUCCUUAUCAGCCGCGACGUCUUCCACGCGGUCCUCUGCUGCCAGCCUCGCGGCCUGCGCCGGUAGGCGUCGAGGUCCUCUGCGGUCUGCUUCGCCGACUCUUCUCCCUUGCCUGACAUUCAACUGGUAUGUUUUUCAAUUCAAUUUUUUUCAUUAUUUUAUUUUAUUAUCCAUUUUUUAAUAUUAUAUUAUAUAUUAAAUAUGAUAAUAAAUAAGAAUGUUAUUAUGUGUGGAGUAUGGAAUGUGUUUUUUGUAUAUUUCAGAAUUUAAUUUUUUAAAUUUCACUAAUAUUUAAUAAAAUAUAUAGUCAAACUCUUCCGAUGGAAAUUUAAAGCAAAAUAAAUUUUUUGUUAGGUAAAAAUAAAACGAAGCAGAUUCUGAUUUUUUUAGCUCUAUUAGCUCUAGCUCAUUGACAAUAAAAUAAAGUAUUAAAUCUAAAGUACAGCAACAACUUUCUCGCCUUCGGAUGGAUAUGAGUUGUUAUUAUUAUUUUUUGAAACGUAGAGAUUUAAAGUAAAAUAAAUGUUUCCUAAAAAAUAGGAUUUGGAAUUAAAUGUAUUAGAUUGGCUUAUUUUAAUAGUUUGAUAUGAUUUGAUCCAACAUUAAUAGUUUUGGCUUAAUAAUUUGAUUUGGUCUCAUUAACUUGAUUUGAUCCCACAGUUUGAAUCGGCUUAUUUUAAUAGUAUUAGAUUAAUUUAAAUGUACUGUUUGAGAUGAAGUUAUUAAAUGAAGUGAAGCAUAUUAAAUGAAGCUUUUACUUUACUCACUAUGUCCUAAUUUGUUCUAUGUUUGACAUGUAAAAUAUUCUCUGUUUUUUUUAGUACGUAGUAAUGUAUUACUCAUUGCAUGUUCUUGAUAAGACUAGAGAUUUGUUUGUCAUGGACCGCAAUUGGAUGUAUGCUUUGCGAAACACUUUACAAUUUUUCAAUGGCGCCAAUGAUUUUAUCAAAGUUGCCGUUGCGCACCAGAAAGGACAAGGAGAAAAAGGAAUUUUAUGUCCCUGUUCUAUGUGUCGUAACCUCAAAAGGGAAAAAGAUGUGAACAUAAUUCUUCAACAUUUAUUUGAGAAGGGUUUUAAGGAAAAUUAUACAACAUGGACAUUACAUGGUGAAAAACGUGUAGAUGUUGAAAACCAUUUUUCUGGAGUAAGUUCUAGCACUCUGAAGCGUAAAGCGGAGAAAAACAUGGCUCAUUAAGGAGAAGCCUUUUGUAGCGAGAGAGAUUCCACGAUCUAUGGUUCCUCCUAGCACAUAUCCGUUGAUAAGUGAGACUGUUUUGGAAUCACUUAGUGAAGAUUUGCAGGAGUUACAUGAGAUGCUCGAGUGGUAUGAACCCGUACUUUGUAAGCUUUCAGUUCCUUUACCCGUUGAGUUGUUCCACUACCAAGAAGAAAAGGAAUUCGGGAUCAGUAUUCAUCGUGAGGAUCUGAUUGAAUUUCUCAAUGGCGAUUCUAUGGAUAUUAGCAUUGUUCAGACUUUUUUAUUUUGUAUCAAGCAUAAACUGGAUGAACUUGGUUGUGAUGAUGUUGCAUUGUUAUGCCCAUCAAUGUGCUCUCAUAAAAGCUUAUCAAAUAGACAAGAAGGGUACAAUGACAUAUUUCAAACAUGCCUUAAAUGUCAAUUUCGAGAAAAGAAUGAUCUUCUUGCUAUAUAAUGAAGGGUUUCAUUGGAUCUUGAUUGUGAUUUGUCCAACAGUUGAUAAAGGCUUCAUCUUUAACUCUAUUCCAAGUGGAUCUAGCUUUGCCAUACAAAAAGACUUGGGAAUAGCGUAUAGAGUUGCUUCUACACACAAUGGUCGUGGAAAGUCAAUCAAGUGGCAUGAUAUCAAGUGUGCAAGACAACUUGGGAGUACAGAAUGUGGAUAUUAUGUCAUGCGCUAUAUGUGGGAAGCAAUUUUUUAUCAAGGUAGCAUUGACAUCGGAAAGGUAUAACAAUAUGUUUUAAUUUGACUAUUAUAUGCAUUGUACUUUACAAACUAUUCAUUUUUUAUGUUUUUAAUUAUUUCAGGAUUGGUCACCAAGAAGUGAAGCGUAUACCGUUGAAGAGUUUAACAAUAUUCGUGAUAUAUGGGCAAGGUUCUUUUUAGAUGUAGUUAUAAAUAUGUAGAUUAGCUACAAUUUCUUAUUUUGGAUUGUAAUGUAAACUUAUUUUUUGUCAUUUCGUGUUUAAUUUGGAAGUGUUGCUACAAUUUGUCUUUGAUGUAACAAAAAAAUUGAUGUAUGUUUGUAUUUUGGUAAACAUAUAGUGUGUUCGAAUGCUAGUAA